CAUCCAUACUAGUAAAACAGAAUGAUUCUCUUUUUCUCUGUGUUUGUUGCACUUGCGCAAACAAUUUCGGUUAACAGCUUUCUACUGAACACGAACAAGCCACUCUUGACGAACUUUUCCAGUUCAUCUUCUGGUUACGAUGCAAAUACUGUUGCUUACAUGCUUCAAAAGAUGGACCUUUUGCAGAUGAAUAUUCAACAACAAAACAAAACCUUGCAGACGCAAGCUACCAUAAUUCAAAAUCUUUUGAAUUUCACACAACAGUCACCGUCAACACAAAGUCUUCGCAGUGAUAUUUCCCUUCUUCAGGUCUACGUUCAGCGAAUCAUGGAUGAAUAUCACAGACUCACCAAUAUUUCAAACGCAACCGAUCUUGCAAUGAAAAUUAACAAAAUGGCAAACUCCGUCCAUUUCCUUUCGUCGUCGCUGAUUACGCAAGAAAGCAAGAUAAAUAAUGUUGAAGCUGAAUUUAGGCGGCAAAUAAGCAUAUUAAAUGGGACAAUUUUGAGCACUCUUUCGCAAACGACCAGCCAAGUUACGACCAACAUAAAUUCAAUCUCUGCGAUCAAACAGUCUUUGAAUACACUCUCGUCCAAAGAGCACAACAAUGAGAAUCGGCUUACAACUUUGUCAAGUGACCUACAUACUACACAGAGCAGGCUGAGUUCUCUUCAAAGCACAGUGUCUCAGGAUCGACAACAUACGUCACACCAACUAUCAGUGCUAUCGACACAAUAUUCUUCAGUCUCUGGAAGGGUUUCUGAUACACUAUCGCGACUAAAUACCAAUAUUACAAGUAUGGAUUCCCGUGUACAUAAUUUGGAAGUGGAGGUCAUUCCUAGUGUAAGACUUGUUGGUGGGAGUCACACUGGCGAAGGGCGUGUCGAAGUGAAAUACCAUAACGCCUGGGGAACUGUUUGUGAUGAUUUAUUUACUGACACUAACGCUGAGGUCAUUUGUCGCCAGUUGGGAUUUGCUUGGACUGGUGCCAUCCAAAAGCAGAGCGCUCCAUUUGGACAAGGGGGAGGGACAACUGUACUGGAUAAUGUCAUUUGUAGAGGACCAGAGAAAUCCAUAGCAGGUUGUAAACACAAUGAAUUUGCAAAAGAAGAUUGCAGUCAUUCUGAAGAUGUUGGGAUUGUCUGCUUCUCAGUCCGCUUGAGUGGGGGAUCUUCGUCUAGAGAAGGAACCGUGGUCGUGAGACUAGGAAAUACAGAUGGGAGUGUCUGUGAUGACAGCUGGGAUAAUGAUGACGCUCGUGUGGUUUGUCGGAUGCUGGGAUAUCAUGGCACUGCAGAGGCGGUGUCUUCCGCUCGGUUUGGAGAAAGAACUGGACAGAUAUGGAUGGAUGACGUUAGUUGUGGGGGUAGUGAGACAUCUCUCGCUCAUUGUUCCUUCAGUGGAUUUGGAACUCAUGACUGUAGUCAUAGCGAGGAUGCGGGUGUAAUAUGUCACUUAUAA